CGCCGUAGCAAGACCAUGUCCAGCCGGGCGCUGCAGAGAUCUGUCAUGCUGUCAGCCUUGAUUCUGCUGAGAGCCACCGCGGCGGGGGGACUCCCUGGAGAUGGCAGCGCCGUGUGGGCUGAAAACCCCAGCGUGAGUCCGGUGGAUGCGAGUCAGCUGUUCGUCUAUGACACUUUCCCCGAAAACUUUCUCUGGGGCGUCGGGACUGGGGCGUUUCAAGUGGAAGGGAGCUGCGAGGAAGACGGGAAGGGCCCCUCGAUAUGGGAUCGUUUCAUCCACGCGCGCCCGAGACACGUCAACGGCAUCAACGGCUCCAGUGACAGCUGCCUUUUCCUGGACAAGGACUUGUCGGCUCUGGAUUUCCUAGGGGUUUCCUUUUACCAGUUUUCCAUCUCGUGGCCCAGGCUCUUCCCCGAUGGCACGGUGGCGGCGGCCAACCCCGACGGCGUGCGCUACUACCAGACCCUCCUGGACGCGCUGGCGCGCAGGAACAUCGAGCCCGUGGUCACCCUGUUCCACUGGGACUUGCCCUGGGAGUUGCAGGAGAGGUACGGCGGGUGGCAGAACGAAAGCAUGGUAGACCUCUUCAACAGCUACGCCACGUACUGCUUCCAGACGUUCGGGGACCGCGUCCGGUACUGGAUUACAAUUCACAACCCGUACCUGGUGGCUUGGCACGGGUACGGAACUGGCAUGCACGCUCCGGGACAGAAGGGAAACUUAGCAGCUGUCUACACUGUGGGGCACAACCUGAUCAAGGCGCACUCGAAGGUCUGGCACACCUACGACAGAAACUUCCGCCCUCGGCAGAGGGGCUGGCUGUCCAUCACGCUGGGCUCGCACUGGAUAGAGCCCAGCCGGCCGGGCCACGCGGGCGACGCGCUCCGGUGCCAGCAGUCCCUGGCGUCGGUGCUCGGGUGGUUCGCGGAGCCCAUCCACGGCGGCGGCGACUACCCGGCGGCGCUGAAGCGCACGCCGCCCGCCCGCCUCCCCGCCUUCUCCGAGGCCGAGCGGCGGGAGGUGAGCGGCACGGCCGACUUCUUCGCCUUCUCCUUCGGGCCCAGCAACUUCAAGCCCCCCAGCACCAUGGCGAAGAUGGGGCAGAACGUGUCCCUGAACCUGCGGCGCGCGCUCAACUGGAUCAAGCUGGAGUACGGCAACCCGCGCAUCUUGAUCGCCGAGAACGGCUGGUUCACCGACGGCUACGUGAGCACCGAGGACACCACCGCCAUCUACAUCAUGAAGAAUUUCCUCAACCAGGUUCUUCAAGCCAUAAAGUUUGAUGGAAUACAAGUGUUCGGUUAUACAGCCUGGUCUCUUCUGGACGGUUUCGAGUGGCAGGAUGCCUAUUCCACCCGCCGAGGAUUGUUUUAUGUGGAUUUUAAUAGUGAGCAGAAAGAAAGAAAACCCAAGACAUCGGCGUACUACUAUAAACAGAUCAUACGAGAAAACGGUUUUACCUUGCAAGAGUCCACGCCAGAUGUGCAGGGUCAGUUUCCCUGUGACUUCUCCUGGGGGGUCACUGAAUCUGUACUUAAGCCGGAGUUCAUGGCCUCCUCCCCACAGUUCACGGACCCCCACCUGUACCUGUGGAACGCCACGGGCAAUAGAUUGCUGCACCGCGUGGAAGGGGUGAGGCUGAAAACAAGGGCCGCCCAGUGCACCGAUUUCGUGAGCAUCAAAAGACAGGUCGAGAUGUUGGUCAGGAUGAAAGUGACCCACUACCGCUUUGCACUGGACUGGGCCUCGGUCCUCCCCACGGGCGACGUGUCCGUCGUGAACAGGCAGGUGCUAAGGUACUACAGGUGCGUGGUGAGCGAGGCGCUGAAGGUGGGCAUCUCUUCCAUGGUCACCUUGUACUACCCGACCCACGCCCACCUGGGCCUGCCCACGCCCCUGCUGCGGAGCGGGGGGUGGCUGAACGCCUCCACGGCCGAGGCCUUCGCGGAUUACGCAGGGCUGUGCUUCCGGGAGCUGGGGGACCUGGUCAAGCUGUGGAUCACCAUCAACGAGCCCAACCGGCUGAGCGACGUCUACAACCGCACGAGUAACGACACGUACCGGGCGGCCCACAACCUGCUGCUGGCCCACGCGCACGCGUGGCACCUGUACGACGGGCGGUUCCGGCGGGCGCAGCGCGGGGCCGUGUCGCUGUCGCUGCACUCGGACUGGGCGGAGCCCGCCAACCCGUACGUGGACUCGCACCGGGACGCGGCCGAGCGCUUCCUGCAGUUCGAGAUCGCCUGGUUCGCCGACCCGCUGUUCAAGAGCGGGGACUACCCGCCGGCCAUGCGCGAUUACAUCGCCUCCAAGCGGCGGCGCGGGCUGUCGGGCUCGGCGCUGCCGGCGUUCAGCCCCGCGGAGCGCGCGCUGCUGCGGGGCGCCGCCGACUUCUGCGCGCUCAACCACUUCACCACGCGCUUCGUGAUGCACGAGCCGCGCCGCCGCGCCGGCCGCCACGACGCCGACCGCGACGUGCAGUUCCUGCAGGACGUCACCCGCCCGGGCUCCCCCAGCCGCCUGGCCGUGGUGCCCUGGGGAGCGCGCAAGAUGCUGCGCUGGAUCCGCCAGCGCUACGGGGACCUGGACGUCUACAUCACCGCCAGCGGCAUCGACGACCCGGCUCUGGAGAAGGAUCAGCUCCGCGGGUACUACCUGCAGAAGUACGUGCAGGAGGCUCUCAAAGCAUACCUCAUCGAUAAGAUCAAAGUCAAGGGCUACUAUGCAUUCAAACUGACUGAAGAGAAAUCUAAACCCAGAUUUGGGUUUUUCACAUCUGACUUCAGAGCGAAGUCCUCCACACAGUUCUACAGUAAACUCAUCAGCAGUGGCGGUUUCCCACUGGAAAACAGCAUUCCCAGGUGUAGUCAGACUCCCAGCACGGAGUGCACCGUCUGCUUGUUCCUCCUGCAGAAGAAACCGCUGAUAUUCUUUGGCUGUUGCCUCUUCUCUACUCUGCUUCUACUGUUAUCCAUCACCAUUUUCCAUCGGCACAAGAGAAGAAAAAUUUGGAAAGCCAAGGACUUGCAAAAUAUUCCACUAAAGAAAGGCCACAAUCGAGUUCUUAGCUGAACUCUUACUUCUGUCAUGAUAGCUUGAUGAUUCACUCCAGCUCCACAUACUGGUAAUUUAUAGAAGAUACACCUGUAUAGUAACAGACAAUCUGAGAGGACAGUAGUAACCAAAGUGAUGACAAUCAAUGGCUCUCUGAAUGUGAUUUGAAUGAAGUUUCUCUUAGGUACUCAUGUCAUCAAAUUCAGUUCUGGAGGCUCAUCCUGACACUUAACAGGAUUCCCUUCAGAAAACGUGACAAACUGUUUCCUAUCCUGUAAAUAGCGCUAGCUACUCAAUGGCGAAGGAAUUAUUUUUUUGAAAAGAGUCAUUUUGCUUUGUGGGACUUCACAGCAGAGAUUUAAAACCAUUCUUUAAACUGGACAGUUAGUGACAUGCUGUCACUUCUGACAAGGAGGAUCUUAGAUGGAAAGCAAAAAGAUGCUUGGAUAUUAAACAGUGCUUGCCCAUAGCUAGUUACAGCAGAGACUCUAGAGCAUAUGAAUCCUAGCUUUUCUCCAAAAAAAGCAUUGAACUUUUUUUUUUUUUCAAGGUAGGGUUUCACUGUAGUCCAGACUGACCUGGAAUUCACUAUGGAGUCUCAGGGUGGUCUUGAACUUACAAUCCUCCUACCUCUGCCUCCCAAGUGCUGGGAUCAAAGGUGUGUACUACCACAGCCCGGCUCAUCCUUUUGGUCUUUGGGGCAGGGCCUCACUCUAACCCAGGCUGAUCUGGAACUCACUGUAGCCCAGACUGGAUGGAAAGUCAUGGCGAUCCUACCUGUACCUCCCAAAUUCUGAGAUUAAAGGCA